GCUCAACGUGCAAAAUAGUGCACCCGUGUAUCGCUCUGUAGAAUCGCUAUAAGCUUUGAGAGGUGCAUGUGCCCUUCCCGCAGCAUCUGCAUCCCUAUUAUUCACCAUUUCUCCCUUCUGCAUCCUCGUGUGUUCAUGCACUUCUCAGCGCCGGUGCAGCAGAUGCAUUCAUGUUUACUUUGCUGACGGCCAGCGCUCAAGCUUGCUGGUUCUCCAAAGCGGGAUAGCUGGCGGAACCCCAGUUACUGUGGCCGACCGCCGAGCGCCGCAGAGCCCACCCAAGAUUGCCGAGCUACUGGGCAUCGCCAUCAACAACAUCCGAACAUACCCAGUGAUAUCCCAUCGCGAAGGCCUUUUAGACGAAGUGAAGCAGAAGCUUUUUCUCCAUCUAGAGCACGAGUGAUACCAGAAACUAUCCUGCUCAAGCCUUGGUUGAUUUUCUCCUUCUUAGUCUCUCUUUGUUGCCUAUUCCUUUCGGGUGAAAUCGCUCUCACCGCGAUGAAUGUACGACCGCCUAUAGAGUCGUCCUCUCCCACGGCGGUUCUAUCUGUGGCCUUCAACAAAGACUCCAGCUGUUUUUCCGUGGGUUUGGAAUCAGGGAUAUGCGUCUUUCAUACCAAAUCAUGUCUGCUCAAGGCAUCCAGAGACUUCAAUGCCGGCAUCGGCCUUGUACGGAUGAUGGGAACGACAAAUUAUCUCGCUCUUGUUGGCGGCGGUAAAUCUCCAAAGUUCGCUAUGAACAAGGCCAUUAUAUGGGACGAUAUGAAAGGCAAAGUUGCGCUAGAAAUCUCAGCUCUCAGUGCUAUCCGCGGUGUCCAGCUGAGUAGAGAUCGCAUCGUCGUCGUCCUCCAGAAUAGUGUGCGUGUCUACUCGUUCGCUAAACCUCCAGAGCUGCUUCACGUAUACGAGACCGCCGAUAACGUUCUCGGCCUGUGCUGUCUCUCAGAUAAGAAGCUUGCCUUCCCAGGCCGCACAACGGGACAGAUCCAGCUUGUAGAGCUUGGCACAGGCAAUGUUAGCAUCAUUCCGGCUCACUCAUCUGCUCUGAAAGCUAUUCAGCUUAGCGCAGACGGAGAGUUACUAGCCAGCGCCAGUGAAACUGGAACUCUUAUCCGUGUUUACUCAACGAGCAACUGCGCCCGGUUAGCGGAGCUUCGCAGAGGUAUCGACCCGGCGACUAUAUUUUCUCUCGCCUUCUCGCCGUCUGGGUCAUUACUUGCCUGCACGUCUGACAAAUCUACACUUCACAUCUUCGACGUACCCCAUCCCCGGCGGCCGAGUGCUCAUCGUAGCCCACAGCCUGGCAGUGCAGGAGCAGACGCAGAUGUAGGAAAAUGGGGCAUUCUCAGUAAAAUUCCACUCAUGCCUCGAAUGUUUUCCGAUGUCUACUCUUUUGCUUCGGUGCCCUUCGAGGCCGGUAACGAGUCUAUGAUUGGCGGUAUACCAUUUACAGAGGGCACCGUAUUGGGAACUACAAGGCCUCCCAAGGGAGUCAUUGGGUGGAUUAGCGAAGAUAGCCUUGCGGUUAUCGGCGCAGGCCAAGACGCAAGAUGGGAGAAAUUCACAUUAGUUGAUGGCGACGACGGAAAGCGGCAUUGCGUCCGCGAAGGCUGGAAGCGAUAUCUAGGAAAUUCAUGAAAGACGGCAAGGAAGAAGGAGAAAUAUCCAAGGGUAAUGAAUGGUUUGACUCGGAUGUGGCGGAGACAUGGCGUUUUGGAUGGGCAGCAUACUAGUUGUAUUUGAAAGAGUCGUGGGAAGAGUUUGGGUUACUGCCCUGUUAGGUACUAUAAUCGUAGCUUUGGACUAGAAACUAAUCUUGACGACGCCGAGGAGAUCGGCUUCU